AUGCUCCGCCUGUCACAGCCACUGCGCCGCUCCAUUGAUGGGCGGCGGCGGGAGAGCAACAGGAGUCAGAGCUCCAAGGUGUCGAUGGCAUCACGAAGAUUAAGUUGCCGCUCCCAUGAGGCUUCAGGCUUGUUCCCGACAGCCUCGGCUGCACGUUGUGCGAAUACGGCGCCACCACGGCCGGCCGCAGUCCCGGGCGCGGAGGUGACGUCUGCCGUGGCUCUGCCCUCAUUGCGCUCCUGCACCGCCGAAGCGUACAAGGUAAGUGACUUGUGUAGCGUGCACCCACCACCGCAGCUGACAUCCCCCUCUCUUGCGACUGCGGCUGAUUUCGUUGAUAGUGCUGCUGCUUCUGCUGCUGUGACCGACAAUGUAGAAAGCUAUGCGGAUGCUCGCACCAAGGAACCGUCCUCACCACGGAAAAUUUCAACGCCGCACUACGCAUGUCUGCACGGCUUUUCCGAUGUCAUCAGCAGGGAACCGUGCAUGCCCAAGUCUGCUCAGCGGCUCUUCACGUCGGCUGAGGUGUCUACGCUGCGUAGCGAGGCCCAGCAAACCUACACGCGUAGGAAGAGAGCGGAGGCGCAGAAGGAGCUCAUCGCUGCAGAGGCGGAGGCACGCUCGCUGCUGGCCGAAGCCGCGUUGGACCAAAUCGCAGCGGUGCGGGAGCUUCAGGAGGAGGAGCGUGAGUGGCGAACGCGGGCGGUGUCGGCAGCAGCGCUUCCGGUGCAGUAUCUUGAGCAGCGAAUUCGCCGCCGCAUCGACGAGGAGUACGGGCAGCAAGAUGCGCAGCUUCGCCAAGAGGGCCGCGACGCGUGGCGGCUGCGAGUGGAGCUUGAAACAGCGGCUUCGGUGGACGCCAGCACACAUGAAGCGGAGCGUCGAGCGGCCACCCAUCGAUUUCGCGCGGCGCUCACCUUCAUUAUAGUGCAGGAGAUGGAGCUGCGAAAGCUUUUAGCGUCCGAGUCAGCGAAGUUCUGGGAGACAUUUGCGCAGGAAGAGGCAGAGGGCAAGGCCGAUGCCGAGCACCGCGCAGUGGUGCGAUUCCUCAACACCCCUGAGCAGCUUGCCCUCGCGGCGGCGCGCGAGAAGCGAGAGCGGAGACGCGCGCUUCGCACAGCGAAGCUACUGAAGCUCUUUCAAGAGCAGCAAGAAGGCUUUGUGAAAGGGUGCCGGCAUGGAACAGGCGGAGUGUCGCUGUUCGUGGGGGACGCACCCAAGAAGGUGUGCGGGCGCUGUCGUGUCAAGUGGGAUGAAGACCUUGGCUACUAUGUCUCCAUAGAUCGCGCAGUGAAGAUGCACCCACCUCCGCCACCGAUUACCGCGGCAGCAGAUGCAGAUAUCAAGGCGGCGUCGCAUGCUGCGAAGCGAGCCCCAGCAGAGGCUGCCAAGAGCGGCUGCGUGUUGCCGUCACUGAAGAAGACGCUGAAAUAG